UGCAGACAUAACCAGCAAUAGUUAAAUACCACCACAGUUUCCAAUAUGUCCACUCAGCCUAAACGAGCCAGGAUUCAAGAUGAAUUUAGUGAGCAAGAUGAAACUGCUGAGAAAAAAGAGAAAGAUGGAGUAUCAUCACUGAUGGAAGACUUUAAUAUACAGGAUGAUGAAAAACAAAGAACAGGACAGCCAGAUGAUUCAGCCCCCCUUGAUGCAGCAAAGGGUAAAGAACGAUUUCUACAAAGAUCUCAAUCACGUAAAGAAGCGAAAGAAAAGACAAAAUUGACCCUCAAUGACACUGGAGAAACAUCUAACUACAUGUACAAACUAGGCCAAAAGAUUGCUAAAUUUGGCAAAGAGAAGAACAGCAAACAGAUUAAACAACAGGCCAAAGACAUGUGUGCACUGGCUGAAGAAUACCUCAAGCUCACCGAGACAUCAGCAGAAGGCUGGUACUUUGUAAAAGCAUGUUGUCUCUUUAAUGCUGCACUGAGGAGAUACCAAAAGAUUCAAUGGGACAUCAAGGAUCAGGAAAACACUACAGGUAGUCAAGAAACUUAUAUCAAAAAAAGACUCCAGGUUAUAGAGACAGAAUUUUUAAAAAAAGUACCAAGCAACCCAAAGGUUAGCAAUAUGUCGACCUCAGAAAGUGCAAUUAAAUUUAGGUCAUUGAUAAAUGAGGUGCGUGAAUAUGAGACAAACACUAUCAACCAUAUUCAUGAGAAUGUAAUGAAAAUAGAUUUGUCUGGCACGGCAGAUAUGAGUGAAGAUGCCGAGAUUCAAACAAUUGAAGAAAGCAAUAUAUUUUACAAUACAGUAACUGACAAGAUAAAGGGUUUUCACAACUCAGUUAUUGAGGAUUGUAUGAAGGUUUUAGGUGUCCCUCAAUGUCGAUAUGCCAUCUUAGGUCAUGGCUCGUUGGCUCGUAAAGAGGCAACAGCCUGGUCAGAUUUAGAGUUUUCUGUACUUUAUGAUCCAACAGAGAAAUCCCCAGAACAUGUUGAGGAUAUCAAAGCAUAUUUUAGAGUACUUGCCCACUACAUUCAUAUCAAAAUCCUCAAUCUAGCUGAAACACUUCCUUACUGUCUUAG